ACAUCCGUUGAACCAGCCACCAUCGACCAAGAAAUCGCGGUUGUAACUCUGGAAUAAGAUUCGGAAAUAUCCGGCACGAAUACUAGAAACGUGAUGGAAACCUGGAUAAUAGCGCUUUUGAUACUUGUGACUCCGGGGGAGGGGAGUUUGAACGACCAGAAUUCGCAUCAGAACAUUGCGAUAAAAGAUCUUCCCGGAUUAUAUUAUGAAAGGGUGACUCCGCUACGACUACAACAUGUAGAUUGGAGUGUAAGUGUCUUUAUAGAAGUGGAAAAAUUCAGAAAUGACUUUCCGGAAAUAGGUAAGCAAUUGGACAAUGCACUGGACGCCUGUCAGCAGGUAAACUCGCUAGACUCUUGCCGCGAACUCCUGCAACAUGACCUCCUCAGGGAUCAAUUAAGGAUUGCCAAGACAACAGUGAGGGAGUUGGGUCAUGCGGCGGUCGCACAUGAACUUCCACCUACCAUAGACCGCGAGCCCUUACGUACCAUGAAGAAGCGUUCAGUACCUCUUGGAAUAGUUGGAUCGAUCAGUAAAUCAUUAUUCGGGACAAUGAAUCAAGAAGAUGCAGAAUAUAUUCACUCCCAGAUAGACCGCCUGUUUGCGGAUCAAACAAAUUUAACACAACUGAUAGGGAGACAGAUGCACAUCACCGCAUCACGGCUGCAACAACUCCAUGAGGAUCACGUAAGCGAGUCCCGAAGAGUGGAUAAAUUGUACGACGGAAUAGAUGGGCUUUGGAAACAGCUACAAACCUUGGACAAGGAGAAUGCGAAGAUCAAAUUCAAUGCGGAGCUAACGAGAUUCGCGUAUCGUGCUCAAUUAAAACUGGAACAGUACGUAAAGAUUGGAGAGGAAUACCUCCGAGUGAUCUCUACGGCGCGAGAUGGCCGAUACGAUCCAGCCAUUCUACAUACAGAUCAAUUAACAGCGAUCUCCCGGGAAAUUCAACUUCAAGCUCCAGAGUUUGAGUUUCCAUUGGCCGUAGAGUCUUUAAGAGUCGAAAUCUUAGCACAAGCCACCCUAAAUCUGACCGUGAUAGCACCAAUACUAAAGGAUCUUCCGGACAAGAGGAUAUUGCCGUCAGCACUAGACGAAUCCAAUGAGAAAUCGCACUCAUGGAAGGAUCAGCAAGUUGGCGAAUCGCUAUUCGAUAUCGAACAGAAGAUCAUGGAGAUUGGGACGUACAGAAGGAACAAGCAUCAGCAGCAACAUUGGACCAUCGCUGGCUUCUCUCUCCAGGGGCUCUUCGUGCUGGUUCUCUGCGGUUACUUUUAUAAAAAGUUUAUCUGGAAACGAAACUUUUGUGGAUGGUUAACUCCCCAAAAGAACGACGUUGAAGCAGGGGAAACAAUGCCUUUACCCCGUAGACGCACAGACCACCUGUAUCGUAUCCGCAACAGUGGUGGAAGAGCCACCACGAAAGACGCUAGCGAACCCGAGGCCCGGGUCCCACCAACAACCGUUGCCACCGGGAUUCUCCCGCGCCAAGAGUCUCAGGUUGAUUAA